AUGGAGGCACCCGGGGGAGAAGGGGCCCCUAAGUCGGCGAUCAGGGCGGUCGAUGAAACCUCAAUUUUGCCGUACUUUCUCGAUGAGGUACGGAGACAGGAUCUGCACUCCCCAUGCACCCAUAAUAAUAUCGGCAGCCGGGAUCGACGUACUUUGCGGACGUCAGCAUCCAACAAUUUUGGUGGAGGAUUGUCGAAGCCCCAGGAGUGGCCACUGGCGGCAGCUGUGGAGCGACGAAAGGGAAGCUCGGCAGCACUUGCUUUAGUCAACGGCGAAACACCCAGAGGGGGUGCUAGGGGACCCAUAAGUAAGGCUGACUGGUUAACGGCGUCUCUUGAAUCAGCCGUCAAGUCGUCGGAUGCCCUGCCCCUGUUCAAUCACCUGCGGACGCUGACUUCUCGGCUUUUCAGCGAAGAUGAAUCGCUCAAGAAGCAGGCUCCACGUAACGCCAAGAUGAGCUUCCAGCAGGCACAAAAGGGAAGGCUACCGUGCCUGCAAUCGCUGGACGCAGAGGACGCAGUUCGGCUUGCGCACCACUUGGCCCAAGAAAAUUCGUACUUGGAGACCUUCAUCUCGACAGACGCCCGGGUUCUGCAAAGUGCAGCUCUAAUGAAGGCCCAAAGAGAGCUCGCUGCUGCCCUACAGAGCAAUAGGCGGCUGCAACAGCAGGCAGAGAAAGACCGACAGGUCAUCGUGGAGCUGGAGUUGAGGAGCCGCUUAUUCGCUGAUGCCUACGCGUGGCUCACCAGUCACAACAGAAUGAUUCAUGCCAAAGACGCUCCUGCGCUGGUGGCUUUGUGGCGGAAAAGAGUGGCAGCAACAAGCGCAGCAAAGAGGGGGCCUGUGGCACCCGAGUUCAUCAAAGAUUUGGCUGAGGCCUACGCCGCCGUUGACUCAGAAGGGGACACUGAAACAGCGUCCGAAGAUGGGCGCGAAAAGGAGAAGGAAGAUCUCUUGGCGGCGGCAGAGUUGAGGGAGGCAGAAGCUGUGAGUGAGGCCCGGCAAGCCCAGAGCCGUGCAGCCCUGGCGGAGGCGCGGGCAGUUGCUGCAGAACAGCAACUUGCUGCGGCAAAGGCUCAGCUAGAGAGACUUACGAGCGCUGCCGCAGCUUCUGCCCUUGCUGCCGCCGCAGCUUCAGCCAGUCUCUCGUCGCCCACACCUGUGGGCGAGGGGGAGGAGCAUAUGCAUGCGGCCUUGAGAGACAGCGAGGGACGAGCAAAGACGGCUGAAAACGAAUGCGCUCGGAUGAAGACAGCGUUGGAAACCUUACAAGCCUCCCUUGACCGUGCUGCUUCAGAGCGGCAGCGUCUCGAGCAGGAACUUGCAGAGGCGGUAGCGGCUGCGGAGGCCAAGUUGACUGCACAAGCCGAACAACACGCAGCGGAACUGGCCCAACUGCAAGCGGAGCACUCUCAAGUGGUGAGAAGCUUCGAGGGAUCCGUUCAUGAGGCGGAAAAGCUCAGGAGAGAGCUCGACGAGGUGCGCCAGCAGUGCGCUGGCCUGAGCGCUGAGCUGGUGGCAGCAAAAGAGAAGGGGACCGGGGAGGGCUUCACGAACGUUGCCUCUCCUGGGGGCCUCGCAUCACCACCUGCUUCGGACAUAUCAACCCUCACCUCGGAACGCAACAGCUACAAGGCCACGGCGUUGAGGCUGGAAAUGGACAUCAAACGACUCAGUGCGAGAGCAGCAGAGGCAACGCAGCUCGAGAAGACUGUCGCUGCACUCAAAGAAAAGCUACAGGCCGGGGAGGAGCUCAAGACAGCAUACGAGGCCCUGCAGAAGGAAGCGCAAACUCUCAAGGGUCAACUGAGCUCGAGACAGAGUCCGCCCGUUGCUCCAGCGGGGCCCGAAAUUCCCGCUAAGGCGAUUGACAUCACCGCGAUAACAAGGGAACGUGAUGCUCUCAGGGAGGAAGUUGCAGCUCUUAAGAAACAACUGGCGAAGCUGCGGGAGGAGAUAGAGAUUCUCAAAACGCAAGGAAGGGGCCUCAAGAAGCCACCUGUGACAGGUCCCGAGGACACCAGCUGCGAAGAGACGACACUGGCUGCUGCGGAAGUGGCGGAAAUACUAAAAGAGCGGAAUUGCUUGCAGGAAAGAGUACGGGCCCUUGAAGAAGAGGUAGAGGCUCUUCGUGCCUCGGCAACAAGCCUUGCUCAGGCAUCACAAGCACCGAAGAGAAUUUCAUCACCCACGUCCACUCCACAGACUUCCCAGCCUCCACAAAGCAAGCAGCACCCAGCGCCGACGCCGAAGGACCGAGCUGUCCCGAUCUCCGCAGAGAUGUCAGCAAGCGCAGAGAGUGGAAUCACAGGGGAGAGGGAUAAAAUUGACAAGCCCCCCGAAGUGUUAUCGCCAUGCGUUGCGAAAGUGCAACUUGGGCCGUUGCCACCAGCAUCCCCCAACGGAGUGCUGGCUGCGGCUGUGUCUUCCGCAGAUGCUCGUGCCUCUUCGCCUAAGGCCAGUCCUGCGACUGUGGCUGUGUUGGCAAAGAAAGUCGGGCCUUCAGCGGGAGCCAAGGCGCUGCCUCCGAAGAUCGUGGGUAAGACCCUAACUGUGGCACCGUCUCAGGGGGAGCUUCAGCGGCCAGAGUCUGAGGACAGUGCUGAGGCUGCUCUUUCAAAGUAUGCAGGGCGUGUAGUUAGCAAACCGGUUCCGAGCGCGUUUAUGCCCAAAGUAGCAGUAUCUCCUGCUGCGGCUCUCUCCUCGGAAGUCACAAGCAGCCAUGGUGGAGCAGCGUGUCAGCCUGAGCCUCAGAUUGCUAGCGAGGGCAAGGGUGAGGCUGAGGUUAUAUCAACGAAGAUCCUAGGACCGUCAGCGAAGAAGAAGGUGGCUCCUUCAUUGUCGUCGAAAGCAGCGAGGCCGAAAACCGUACCUGCGGCCACAGACUUGGGAGGCGCAGAUACACGGUUGGAAGACAAUGUUGUGGCUAAGCCAAAGACUCCAGUUACAAAGACGUCAGAACCUUCUGUGGGAAUGAAGGCGCCUGGAGCAGUGCUGGAUCAGGACCGCAAAACGCAUUCUGGUGACUCCGGUGUUUCAGGUGGAGAUGCAGGGACGCCUCCACCUGCUGCUGCAGCUGCUUCCGAGAAUGCUGCAGCUAAAAGCACUGCUGCUUCUGUGGAUGCGGCGAAGAGUGUAGGGAUGACACUGCCUAAGACGUUGGCGAAGGGUACGAAGGUCCCGGCGCCG